AGCAGUGGCCGAGCUGCAGAGCUCCUUGCCAAAGAGCGUGGGACAGUGCCUGGUUUUAUUGGCUUUGGAACAUCUCAGAGUGAUCUGGGCUACGUUCCUGCAGUUCAAGGUGCAGAGGAAAUUGACAGCCUUGUGGAUGCGGAUUUUCGGAUGGUGUUGAGAAAACUUUCCAAAAGGGACGUCACAACAAAAUUAAAGGCUAUGCAAGAGUUUGGGACAAUGUGCAAGGAAAGAGAAGCAGAAGUUGUUAAAGGUGUUCUUCCUUACUGGCCAAGAAUUUAUUGUAAAAUCUCACUAGAUCAUGACCGCCGUGUUCGAGAAGCAACUCAGCAAUCUUUUGAGCAACUGAUUCUUAAAGUAAAGAAACAUUUAGCUCCUCACUUAAAAAGUAUCAUGGGUUACUGGCUGAUUGCCCAAUGUGACACUUACUCCCCUGCUGCUUCUGCCGCAAAAGCAGCUUUUGAAAAAGCUUUUCCUUCAAGCAAACAACCUGAAGCCUUAGUAUUCUGUAAAGAUGAAAUUCUUAAUGUACUUCAAGAUCACCUUCUGAAAGAAACACCUGACACACUCAGUGACCCCCAAACUGUACCAGAGGAAGAAAGGGAAGCCAAAUUUUUCCGGAUUUUGACUUGCUCAUUGCUAGCUUUAAAAAAAUUGCUUAUCAUGUUGCCAAAGAAGGAGAUACAUUCAUUGGAGGAAAAGUUAAUGUCUCUUCUGUCCCAAAACAAAUUUUGGAAAUAUGGCAAACACAACAUACCACAGGUUCGGUCAGCUUUCUUUGAGCUGACCUCUGCUUUUUGCCAGCACUUGCCCGAGCUGGUGAAAGCUGAAGCACCAAGAGUUUGUCCUGCUGUUCUUCUCAGCAUUGAUGACAGUGAUGCAGUGGUGUGUCCUGCUCUUUGGGAAGCUGUACUUUAUGCUAUCGCCACUAUUGAGGAUUGUUGGAGUCAUGUAAAUGCCAAGAAGGGAGUUCUACCCAAACUAUGGACUGUGCUUCGAGAAGGUGGACGAGGACUAGCUACUCUUAUAUACCCAAACCUCUUGCCAUUCAUUAGCAAGGUACCUCCUGGCAUUGCAGAACCAAAGCUGGAAUUUUUCAGAACUUUUUUCAGCAAUAUAAUUCAAGGGUUGUCGAGUGAGCGAGCGCUCGCCAGCCCUUCGGAGAGCUCAGCCGUUGUAUCGGCGUUCGUGGAGUGCCUGCGCUUUGCCGUGCUUCAGAACACGGAUGCAGAGGGUGACCAAAGACAAAUUCAUCACAUGCUUAUAUAUGACCAGCUAAUUCCUCUUAUUGAUGCUGUACUUAAGGAGCCCAGAUUACAAAAUGGGCCAUUAUUUUACCAAAUAGCAGAAAUGCUGAGCUCCUGGGAAGCUAAAGCAGAACUAUCCAAUGAUGAUGGCACAGAUGAAGUUUUCCAAGAACUAUUGUCAAAUUUUUGGGACUGUCUUUUAAAAAUGUGCGUACUUCAUGUUGACGUGUUGGAUGCUGAUGAGAAAUCUUUGUUUGCCAUAUCUGGUAUGCUAGGAAUUCUUCAGAACCCAAAGAGUGCUGCAAAACCAAACAACAGAAAAUCUCUAAAAAUCAGAUUUACAGACGAGGAUGAAUCUGAAAGAAACAUAGAAAAUGGAAAGCUCAUGGAAAUGAGAAAUAGUGACUCUGAAGUCCAGGCUGACUUGCAGCAUAGUUCACUUCUCAGGAAAGAACCUUUAGAGAAUUUAGUCUGCAACCUUGCUGAACUGAGUAUUGCAUAUGUCAACGAGCAGAAGUCAGAGAAACAUUUGAAAUUUCUCUCUGCACUGCUCAAUGGUUUUUCUUCAGACAGAGUUUUUCAAGUACUUUUAGAGCAGGGAAAUGAUGCAAGCUCUGCUCAGGCUGAAUCCCAAAAUGAAAUGAAAGCUCAUCACGAAAGUCCGUCUGUACGGUUUCUGUAUAUGAACUUAAUAACGUGGCUGAAAGAAGACUGGAGGAAAGACACCCAUUUUCUGGUUGAUAUUUUGUACAGUGUGCUGAAUUGUUGCACCAGUAACGAUGAAAGGAAAAUCAUUCUUGAUGAUUUAACAAAGAUGGAUCUGAAAUGGAUUAUUUUUCUCCAGAUAAUUCAAAAGGCAUGCUCAAGUACAACAAAACUGUCUUUAGUCUUUGACUGGCUGAAAGGAGAUACACUUGGAGAAAAACUUGUAAUGCUGGCAGAUGAUCUGUGUCAUCUGGGUUUAAAACCUAUAGCAGCUUCAUCAGAAUCAUCGCCUUCAGAAAGGUGGACCCUCCUGAGCUUAGUGUUGUCACAACACAUUAAAAAUGAGUCUUUGAUUGGUGAAACUUUUGUUGAAAGGAUAAUUGAUAAACUUCAAGAAGCUCUGUCUAAAGCAAAGGAUCUUUCUGAGGCUGGAAAUACUGAACCAUCAGUAUCUUUCAUCUGCGAUGUAGCCUCAAGCUUUUUCAGCUCAUUUAAAGGAUGUUUACUGAUGCCAUCCUCAGAAGAUUUGCUACUUACCAUCUUCCAGUUGUGUGCUCAGAGGCAGGAUGCUACACACCUAACAGAUUUACUUGUAUGUAAAUUAAAACACACUUGGAUGUCCGGUGUAAGUUCACUUGUGCGUCAGCUUCGGAGCAUGCAGAACCAGAGCACCUUUUUGCAUAAAUCUGCAUUGUGGGUCAAGAAUCAAAUUCAGUCUUCCUCUUUGGAUGUUAAAAGCCUUCAGGUUUUGAUCUCUGCGGUUAGUGAUUUGUUGUCUAAGCUUAUGGAAGCUGAUGAACAGUCUGGAUAUCUUGUGGGAGACUACAUUGAGCAUGUCAUGCCAAACAAAACCGAGUGGGCGACAUUGCAGAAGUCUCUAUCUGCUGAGUGGAUACACAAACCUCUUUUGGAAGGAAGGCUUAGUAUGAAUUGUGAACCUUUGGGAUCGUGUGUUAAGCUGCGUGGCACAAUUAAACUUCCAGGCCAUCUGUGUACUUCAGCCUUACUAAGUAAAAUGGUGCUACUUGUGUUGGAAAGUGGUAUAGUCCACGGAAAUGAUGAUGCUGAAAUAAAGAAAACUGACAGUAUAAUGGCAGAACUGUUGUACUCAUUACAAUGGAUUGAAGAAUUGGAGAAUCCUCCCGAUCUGCUUCUGGAGUAUCUUCACAUGUUAGAAGAAAUGCACAUCACAUAUGAGAAGUUCAGUACACUUAGUAAUACAACUAGCCUUCAGCAAACAAUAUUCGAUAGAUCGGAGGAGCAUGGACGACUCUGGUCCUUAACCAUGGCUAAAGCGAUCCGUGCGGAAAGCACUGUAUCCUCUGAGAUGAAACAACUUUUUAAGACAACAGAAGGGUUUCUACUGUUAACAGAGGGCAGAUUACAUACCCUUCAGUGUCUAGCACCUUUUUUAAUGGAGGAAGAAAAGAAAGAACUUGUCUUCCACUGUGUGGCCAAACUUAUGACAUGCACAAAGACAGAGCUUUCCAACAAUGAUG